AUGGAACGGAGUCAAGUCAUCUGGAAAGGUCCAUCUGCUACUCGAAAAAUGGUCUUUAAGUGCAAUGCUUCCAUUAUUCUGAAAGCUGUUCGAGAUAUGACCGACUUUACCGAGUACACAAGUCUACAAUACCUUCGGCAGCAAAGACCUGAUGUACCGAAUCCAGAACCUCUGGGCAUGCUACGGUUCAAUGGCAUUGUGCUUAUUUUCAUGACUUACCAGCCUGGCGAUACCCUUACGACUCUGUGGCCGACUCUGGAUCAAGUGCAAAAAAGGUCCAUCCAAGAGCAGCUGAACAAGAUCCUAACAGAUCUAAGAUCCUUGCCAUUUACUCCCGGCACGCCGCUGGGAGGCACGAAGGGCGAAGGCUGCAAAGAUGUCAGGAGACAUCUACGUCGAAGCAGCCAACCGAUCACAACAAUCGACGAGUUUGAGGAAUUUCUUUCCAAGGGUUACAGGUCGGGCGGUCAUGCCUUUGUGGAGUUACUGCGAGAAUUAAGCCCGCCAGCCUCAUCAUGCAAGAUUGUUUUCACCCACGGCGACGUCCGUCCAGACAAUAUCAUCGUGAAGCUGACAGAAGACCACGGCUGCAUUGUUACUGGGCUGAUAGACUGGGAGUACAGUGGAUGGUAUCCAGAAUAUUACGAAGCUGCCAAAAGUACCAAUUGCCUUUCCCCGUAUGAGGAAGACGAUUGGUAUCUGUUUCUACCAGACUGUGUCUCACCCAUGAGAUACGCUCACUGGUGGCUCCUUGACCGCGUCCGGGAAUCAAGAGUGGUAUAG